AAUUAAGGAGGGAAGUAUAUACUAAAACGACAUAUUGCAGUUUCGCACUACAGUUCAAACCCCUCGAUUUUAGGUCGUCACGCCAGAUCUGCUGAUUUAGAGCACCGUCAGCAGCCACCGUGUCCGGCGGAAGACAUCUGCUUCCUGUUCGGAACCGUUAUCACUCUCCAACCAUCGAGCACAACACAGAAUCGAAACAUCUCAACACUUUGAAGCAAAAAACCCCAAAUUUCACAAUGCAAGAGUUAGAUCAAUGGAAGGAACAGAUUUCUCACCUGUUGAAUGUCGCAAAUGAUCACAUUCGUGAAAUUCCCACCGAUCAACUUUAUGCUGCUGCUGCUAUCGCGGUUUUCACAACCCUACUUCUUCUCCUGCUUCGGUUUUUUAAGCGCAGCAAGCCUAACACCAUUGUGUUGACGGGACUCAGUGGGAGUGGGAAAACCGUUCUCUUCUAUCAGCUUAGGGAUGGCUCUACACAUCAAGGUACUGUUACGUCAAUGGAGCCGAAUGAAGACACUUUUAUUCUUCAUGGUGAAACAACGAAGAAGGGAAAGAUAAAACCGGUUCAUAUUGUUGAUGUUCCUGGACAUUCUCGUCUUCGACCCAAAUUGGAUGAAUACUUGCCUCAAGCAGCUGGCACAGUCUUUGUUGUUGAUGCUUUGGACUUCUUACCAAAUUGCCGUGCUGCCUCAGAGUACCUGUAUGAUCUGUUAACUAAGGGAAGUGUUGUGAGGAAGAAGAUUCCACUGCUUAUUCUCUGCAACAAAACCGAUAAAGUCACUGCUCACACCAAAGAAUUUAUCUGCAGACAACUCGAGAAAGAAAUCGACAAAUUACGGGUAUCAAGAAGUGCAGUUUCAGAUGCCGACGUGACAAAUGAGUUUACUCUGGGGGUGCCUGGCGAGCCAUUUUCGUUUAAACAGUGCUCUAACACAGUUAUAACUGCAGAUGCUUCUGGUUUAACUGGAGAGAUAUCUCAGCUAGAAGAGUUUAUCAGACAACAUGUGAAGCCAUAGCUGAAUAUUAUGUUUAAACUUAGAUUGUUGUUGAAUUAAAGAUAUGAUGAAUGAGGUUGUUCCUUUUGGUUCUUACCUCUUAAAACUCAACACAGCCUGGACUAAAAGAAAAAGGGAGGGGAGGGACAGGGUAGGAGUCACUAUGUUGGGAUAAAUGAAGAUUUGGAAGUCAUGUAAUGUUGAUUGGAUUUAAUGAUUCAACUUUAUGUCCCAGUACUUGCAUUUUCUUUAAUACUAUGCACUUCACGGUUUAAUUAAA